UUUCCCCUUUGAAAGAGUCGGACAUUCAAAAUAAUUAGUUCUUGCGUUGAUUUGAGAAAAAGUAUAAAAAAAAUUGAAUGAGUAACCAUAUCGAAAUUCAUCAAAGCUAAAUAAGUAAAAAUUUUAUUAUUAAUUGGAAAGUGAGCACAUUUUAUUACUACUCCAAACACUCCUAAGCAUUGGUCCUUCAAAUCGGAUUUAAGUAUGGCCGCUAAAAUUGUGAACCAAGUGCAACGCAUCUCCGCGAAAAAAUGCAACAAUUCUGAUUAUGGGAACAUUUUCCUCGAUGGUUUGGCCAAAAUGCGUGUCAAUCAAAAGCUCUUUGAUUUUUCUUUGGACGUAGACGGCGAACUCAUCCACGUGCACAAACUUGCACUUGCGAUUGCCUCUGAUUACUUCGCCGCGAUGUUCGAAGCUGACAUGAAGGAGCGGAAGGAAGAAACUGUCAAGUUACAGGAUGUGGACUUAGUUGCCGUCAAGGCACUCGUUGACUACGUUUAUAGCGGGAUCAUCACGCUUACAGAAGCAAACGUCGAAGCGGUACUGGCUGCGUCGGACUUAUUUCAGUUGGUAUGGGUGAAAGAGGAAUGUGUCCAAUUUCUUGAAAGCAACUUGAACCGAAACAAUUGUUUUCGAUUGCGAAAACUCGCUGAUAUGCAUUCUUGCAAGGGGUUGCAGGACGCCAGCUAUAAAUAUAUUUUGGAUCAUUUCGAUGACCUAAUUGCCGAGGAGGAUCUACUGUUGAUAUCAUUUGAAGAGAUGAAGAAAUUGAUAAAGGACGCGCAACAUUUUGUCAAACCUUCAGACAGUGCUUAUAAGGCCGCAAUAAAUUGGGUCAAACACGACCUAGAGAGAAGAAGAGUUCACCUCGCGGAGCUUAUGAGCCAGAUACGUUUACCUCUUGUCAGCACAGAGUUCUUGACAAACCACAUUGUUGCUGACCCUCUGCUUACAGAAGAUCAAAAAUGCAAUAAAUUCUUAAUGGAAGCCUUAACUUGUCAAUUAACGGAAGUUACUCAACCACAUAAAAAAUGCCAAACAGAAACAAAACAUCGCAACGAAAGCUUUCAUGUGUUUCUUGUCGGCGGCACACGGGACAUUGAGAAUGCAAAUGCCAUGAAAGAAUGCAAAGUCUAUGAUGUUUCCAAAGAGAAACACGUUUCUAUCUCAAGUAUGAAUGAGAAGAGAUACAAUCAUUCUGCCGCCUCCUUCAACGGUGUAGUUUAUUCAGUGGGUGGAUGGAAUGCGGGUGCUUUGAAGACGGCUGAAUGUUAUGAUCCUGUCAGCAAGCGGUGGAGUUAUAUUGCGCCAAUGAAUAGUACCCGAGAUAGUUUUGGGAUUUGCACGUACAAUGAUCUAAUUUACGUAGUUGGUGGAUGGGACAACUCCACAGUAGAAAGCUACAAUCCUGCAACUAACAAAUGGCGCUUCUCUCAGAGUAUCCCUGCAAUAACCAAAAGUGUCAAUCGGGCAACAGUGGCAGAAAAUAAUAUAUACGCUUUGACUCAUCCACUUGGAGGCAAUAAUGUAUUUCAUCGCUUUGAUCCGAGAGAUGAAAAGUGGUAUAAUUUAAAUGAGAUGCAAUCAACAUCUGGUCAAUAUGAACUCAUCUCAUAUGAUCGCACAUUGUUUACCAUUGGAAGAAACGAGUGCAAAUGGCUCGACAUACGAGUGAACAAAUGGGAAUCUAUGCCACACAUGUUGUCCAAUAGGACUGGUUUCUCGGCUGUGAUAGCCGGAAAAGACAUAUAUGUGUUUGGCGGUAAAAAAGAAUGUAACUCAUUCGUUACAAGUGUGGAACGCUGUAGUGUCCUUAAUAAUGAGUGGACAACAGUGGAUUCAACAGAAAUUUAUCACUUUUGGGGACGAGCUGCAGUUCUAAGCGGGGAAUUUGAUUUCAGUUAAAUAGUGGAAGGAAAGCGUUAUAAAGAAUAAAUAUUAGUU